AUGGCGAACGACUUGAACUUGUUGAAGAGUUGGAACCCGAAACUCGUACGCAACAGGAAGAAAGUAUGGGAGCGUGAGCAAGAACUGCUCAAGGAGGAACACGCGUUCAAGCAGAGGCAGAGGGAGAUACAGAAAGAGAGGGAAUUGGACUCGCUCGUUAACGCAUCUAGAGAUGGGGAUCGCACCGGGGACCGCAAGAAGACUGGGCUCGAGUGGAUGUACGAUACGGGGGCUGGUGGCAGCGAGAGUAACCAGGAGUACCUCCUCGGGAAGAAAAAACUGGACUCAUCGGUGAUUAAGUCGCCGCAGACGGAAGAAACAGAUAAGUCGAAACAGCAGCAGAAACAAGUACAGAAACAGAAACGCAAGAAGGCAAGCUACGAUAUGGACGACCCCAUGAGUAAAGUGUUGAAACUGCAAGGAUCGAAGAACAAAAUAUCAAAGAGACGAACUCCAAAGUGA